CGGUGCGGGAAGCUGCGUGGUGGCUGAAAUCUCGCGAGAGGUUGCGGGCGCCGCGGCGGGAUGUGCGGGGGCUGUGUGAGCACCGAGUACCCGGAGCGGGGAACCACCUGCUUGGAGGGCGGCUCUUUCCUCCUCAACUUCCUUGGGUGCGCCCAGUGCGGCCGCCGCGACUUCGUGCUGCUCAGCAACCGGGAGGAGGACCUGCACGGCGGGGAGGAGAUCGUCACCUACGACCACCUUUGCAAGAACUGCCACCACCUCAUUGCACACCACGAGUACACCUUCAGCGUGGUGGAUGACUACCAGGAGUACACCAUGCUGUGCCUGCUCUGUGGCCGUGCCGAGGACUCCAUCAGCAUCCUGCCUGAUGACCCCCGCCAGAUGACCCCCCUCUUCUGAGCCUGCCCUCCAGCCUGGAUGCUCCUAUGCUUCACCUGCUGCCCUCUGGCCCCAACCCCAACAUAGUGGAGUACCACAGCCUGCCCCCCUCAUUGUGCUGAAGAUGUGAUGGGAAUCCACCACGUUGUCACCCCAGAAAGGGGCUGCAAAGGACACCCACCCUGUCCUACACGUGUGGGAUAAUAAAUGUGUCAUGUCCUA